AUGUCGCAGUACUCUGCUAACGAAAUCGGCUUGACCGCGCAGGACGAAGAGUUCCGUGCGGCCUCGACGCAGUACCUUGCCCUCCUCUGCGUGGCGGUAGCGCUCAAGUUCUCGGGCUCGUCCCCCGUCGCGAACGAUGUCAACAAACUGAUGAACCUCGUCGCCAUCCUCCUUGGCGUCUUUGGUUCACUCCUGGCGUACAACGUCCGCGUCGGUGCUUUCAACCCGCCCCGAGAAGACAGCGACCCGCCCCCUUCGCCGGUAGCCAUGAUGGCCUGGAAGUUGUACAGGUGGUUGGCAAUUUGGCUCGUCGUGCCCGUCACAGUCCUCACCGUCGCCGCAUACAUACGGUGGAUGUGGGACCUCGGUCGUGUCCCAGCUUGGCGUUGGGCAGCUGCGUCGCUGACGCGGUACUAA